GCGUCAAAGCAUCAUUAGCGUUUGCAUCCUUAACGAGUGGAGGAACCUAACGAAUUUCAGAAAAAUGAGCAGUCUAGUUAAAUUCCAACUCAUAGGCGUCAUUGCUUUGUUCUUCCUCACCUUGGCGGCAGCCCAGCAGAACUCACUGACACCGAGCGCGAUCAUCAACCCUUCACGUUUUGAUGCACGCGGUCGCUUAAAUCCCUAUUAUAAUGAUCUUUACUAUAAAAAUCGAGUUUAUAAAAAUCGCGACUACUACAAUCGUCAAUACUACAACAAUUUGUUUAAGAAAUAUAAUCCUGGCGUAGCCGCUUCAGAGGCACGCAUACUCCAACAGGAGAAUGAAUUGAAUUAUGAUGGCACCUACAAAUACUCUUACGAAACGGAGAAUGGCAUACAAGCCGAGGAGCGUGGUAUGCCCGUGAAGUUAGGUACCGAAGAGCAAAAAGAGGUUGUUGAGGGCUCUUACUCGUACGUGACUGCCGAUGGCUUACGUGUGAUUGUCAAGUACACUGCCGAUGAGAAUGGUUUUCAUCCAACAAUAACCUAUGACGGCAUUGAUGCUGACCGCUACGCACGCGUCCAACAACCUGCCGAUACUGUAAUUACUCGCCAAAAUUAAGUACUUUUGACAUGUGUGUCCACACUUUGCAUUUACGAACAGUUCGAAGACGAUGUUAAUGACAUCCAAAAUACAUGAAUCUUUAAUAAACAGAACAUUUUGUUUUAAAAAGAAACUAA